UCUGGAUACCGAGGACGAAUGGAUGGCGAAGAGACUGGUCGAACCAGCGAUCUAGAAGCCUUUGAAGCCAGAAGUGCGGAAUUGUUCACGUCUGAGCUUUCAGACGAGUGUACAGUGCAAGUGACGUCACAGGAAAAAGGCUUUACAGAUGUAUCCGCACUGACCAGUGAUGAACAUGAACAGCAUGACAGUCACCUGUACGACGAGCCUGAUGGGUGGAGGCGUGGCGAUAGAAAGGGUGACGCAGAGAAAGCAGCUCUCAAGAUUCUUGGAUAUGAUGUAGAGAGAAUUCCAGUCAACGCCAGAGGUGCAGUUUCAAAGACUUUGUAAUAGCAAUCAAGAGUUUCUAAGUCUUACAGAAAUAUAGAGCAACGUUACCAUUGCUGUUGUUGUUGCUGCUGUUGUUGUUUUCAACUCAAUUUCCAGGUCUCAAAACGUGGGCAACAACAGAUUUUACAUUGUCUAUAUUCUUGUUUAUUUACAAGGGGUGCUAUUGUUCCUGGUCUGGACUACUUUAGCAUUUGGGCACUAGGCCGUGAUGGUAUUCCACCGGUAUUGAAACACAGCAAAUCAAACAAGACCAGGUACUUAAUGAAAAUGAUUCAACGACACGUUGAGUCAAGUCUCAAUACCCGGAAGAGAGAAUAUGAACAUUUUACUGGUCAGCCAUACAGUUCAGUGUCGCCACCACAGUACAUAGCAAACUCUAGACAGUCGGGUCAUUGGAAAAUGAUAAAGUGCUUAGAAGAAUUUCUUAGUUAUUGUAAUCGAUUGUAAUCUUAAUGGUUUACAUCUUUUCUUAUUGUCAUCACAGUACAGUACCAUUUAUGUUUUUCAAGACUUUAGCUACUAGUAUAACUAAUUUACUAUCUAGGUAAUAGUGAUUUUGGGUAUGUAGAUAUUUUUAUAGAAUACUUGCAAUUGGAUUAGAAGCAGCUAAUGCACAAAGAUCUAGUGAGUACAAGAG